GUAAAAAUUAAUUAAUCAAUGUUUCAGUUGAUUACUAAAUUUACAGUUGAUAGAAAUAAUAAUAUCAUCAAUAUAUCAAUGUUGUAAUAACAUACAUGAAUUAAUGUAAUAUAAUAAAAUGGAAAGUAAUAAAAAAUUAUCAAACCAUUCAGGACGAUACAUUUGGAAUGUAGACAGUCCAAAAAAUGCAGCAGUACACUUUGGAAAUUUUCAUCAACACCAGGAUGAUCCGGGAAACAUCAAAUCGUCGUUGACAUCAACGAAUAAAUUGCAAUUUACUACAUCCGUUGUACCAAGGUCUAAAUUUACCAGACACAUGAUUCGUAAAUUAGAGAAAUUAAAUGGAAGUAUUUACUAUACAAGUCAACUAUUAAGUUUUCUUGAUGAAGUUGUUGAACCUCCAGAAUUUUCCAUAGAUUUACCUUCUACUGAUGAUCGUGUACUGGAAGAUGAUCUAAAAGCAUCAUAUCCUCUUUGGUACAAAAAUCCUGAGAAGAUGUAGAAGAUGUACAUGUGUAUGACUGUCUUUACGUUCCUGAACAGUCACCCAAGUAUCUUAUUUAGUAGUGUUUUCCCCAGAGGAUCUUCCCUCUGGAAAUGUCUACAAUAUUAUUCAUGAUGCUAUCUUCUGAAUUAUUAUUCAUGAAAGUGUCAACAUUUUUGUUUUUCACAUCUGAAGGUAUCUUGUCAGUGUCAAAGAAAAUGCACUUAAGGGUAAAUUGAUUACUGGUCAGGAUGAAGAAUUAAUUUUUCAUUCAAAUUCAGAAAAAUGACUGAUGAUACUGCAAGUGAAAUUAAAAAUUCUGAAACUCUUGAAAGAUCAGAAAAAAUCUCUAGUGGAGAUGAAAGCCUAACAGAAACUGCACAAUCAUCAAACGAAGACCAGUACAUUCUUAAUAGGUUUUAUGAGUAUUCUCAGGGCUUGUUCAAGGAUGUGCUCAGUGUGAAACAGAAUUAAAUUAAUAAAUAAUUUAAACUCACAAAUUAUGACA